CGACACCCCGCCCCCUGCGCACGCACGCUGAGAAGAAGGGGGUGGGACCACGUUAGCAUCCGCGCCAUCUCUGCCCGGAGGUGGCGGUGAGGUCCGUUUUCAGUGUAUGGUUUACCCUGCCAAGCGUUUCUGCUUGGUGCCAGCAAUGGAGGGCGUGCGCUGGGCCUUUUCCUGCGGCACUUGGCUACCCAGCAAAGCCGAGUGGCUAUUGGCGGUGCGAUCGAUCCAGCCCGAGGAGAAGGAGCGCAUUGGGCAGUUCGUCUUUGCCCGGGACGCUAAGGCAGCCAUGGCUGGGCGUCUGAUGAUAAGAAAAUUGGUUGCAGAGAAAUUGAAUAUCCCUUGGAAUAAUAUUCGUUUGCAAAGAACUGCAAAAGGAAAACCAGUUCUUGCAAAGGACUCAUUGAAUCCUUAUCCCAAUUUCAACUUUAACAUCUCUCAUCAAGGAGACUAUGCAGUGCUUGCUUCUGAACCUGAGCUACAAGUUGGAAUCGAUAUAAUGAAGACUAGCUUUCCAGGUCGCGGUUCAAUCUCAGAAUUCUUCCAUAUUAUGAAAAGGAAGUUUACCAACAAAGAGUGGGAAACAAUAAGAAGCUUUAAGGAUGAAUGGACUCAGCUGGACAUGUUUUAUAGGAAUUGGGCUUUGAAAGAAAGCUUCAUAAAAGCCAUUGGUGUUGGACUAGGAUUUGAAUUACAACGACUUGAAUUUGAUAUAUCCCCAUUAAACCUGGAUAUUGGCCAAGUUUACAGAGAAACUCGUUUAUUCCUGGAUGGGAAGGAAGAAAAAGAAUGGGUGUUUGAGGAAAGCAAAAUAGAUGAACAUCAUUUUGUUGCAGUAGCUCUCAGGAAACCCGAUGGAUCUAAACACCAGGAUGUUCCUUCUCAAGAUGAUGCUAAACCUACCCAAAGGCAGUUCAAGAUUCUGACCUUUAAUGAUUUAAUAGCGUCUGCUGUUCCUAUGACACCUGAAGAUCCGUCAUUUUGGGACUGUUUUUGCUUCACAGAAGAAAUUCCAAUACGAAAUGGUACCAAGUCAUGAUAUGAUUACCUAAGUAACAAAAGAAAGAUGAAAACUGUAAUCUUAUGUAUUCAAUGAAAAAUAAAUACCUAAAAUAUGAAAUUUUGUUUCACAAAACAGUUGGGGAAAAAACCAAACCCUUUCCUAUUAA